UUUCAACAGCAACUUCCAAGGUGAAGCGAAGUUCACCGCCGCUUUCUGAGCUUGAAAAGGAGUCCUUUGCAGAGGAGGACGAAGAGGAGGAAGAGGACGUCGUCGAUGACAAUGAUGAUGAUGAUGAGGGUGAUGACGACGAUGACCACGACGAUGAUAGUGAAAUAGAAGAAAAGAGGGGCAACCGAGCUAGCAAAAGAAGGUCAGCAAAGCCAAUUGACCAUGAUGAUGAGGAUGAUGACAACGAAGAUGAUGAUGAAAACGACGACCACAGCUAUGGAAAAAGAAAUGGUCGUCCUCUGAAGAGGACAAGCAGUAAAACCUCCAAAAAGAGGUACACAAAAGCUAACAAAAGACCAAACGUCAGCAGUGCUAAAAAUAACAACAGAAAAAGCGGUCUGAAAGCAUCAAAAUCGGCAAAAGGAGCUUCAAAACGCAAAUUUGAAAGUGAUGACGAUGAUGAUGAUGACGAGGACGACGAGGACAUCGAUGACAACGAUGAUAAUGAUGAUGAUGAAAAUGAUGAAGAGGAAACAGAAAGAUAUUCCAGCAGCAAAAGCAGAAAGUCCAAAGCAAAAAAGAGCUCACCUCAAAAGAAGAAAAAGUCUCAGAAAAAAGAGCCCCUCUUUGACGCUCAGCUGAAGUUCACCAGCAACGAGCUGUGCUCUGACAUUCGCUGCCAACCGAAUGAGUACUGCUUUGUGCCCUCGCCGGGCAUUGCCGAAUGCUUGCAAAAGCCGAUUUACGCGAGAACGCCCCCUAAACUUCCGUUGAAAAAGGCCUCUCACUUUUCAUCAUCUUUCACCCUAGAUAACGAUGGGGAUCAGACUGAAGAUGAUGAUGGAGAUAGUGACAACGACGACGAUGAAGAAGAUGAGGCAAACGUUGAGGCGGAGUUGAUGGCAGAAAAGCGGAAAAACAAAAAGAACAACAACAACAGCAAAAAGUCCUCUUCCUCUCCGUUUCAGGGCUCAAGGACUCUUCUUCGACGAACUUCAGCAACGUCAAUUAAAGGUAAACCAAUUACCGAUGAUGAGGACUACGAAGAGGAGAAAGAGGAGGAAGAUGAAGAUGACGAGGAUAAUGACGAUGAGGCUGAAAUUAAAUCCAACAGCCGCAAAAAGUCCUCCUCUUUAUCAAACUCCCACAAAACUUCUUCACUGCAACAAUUUCCAUCAGAGACAAAAGCAAAAUCCUUCAACAGCAGCAAAGUGCACAUGUGUCCGCCCUGCCCCUCGACCAAUAGUGAAUAUGGGCAUUCCUCUAAAUUUAGUCAUCAAAACCAUCAAAAUCAGGUAAUCUGCGGCUCGGACAAUGCCAGCUAUUCGAGCAGCUGUCGACUGGACUUUCACAAUUGCGUCCACGGAACGGAGGUUCGCUUUGCCUGCUUCGGUUUUUGUCCCUGUCUUCGAGUCUACGAAAAGGUCUUCAUAAAGCCCAAAAACAUUGGAGAAAAUAGUCGCAAAAACUUUCAACGUCAGGCCGCUCUAUUCCAUUCUGUUCCUCAUCCGACGUACAGCCCGCUGAAAAAGUCCAUCUACAACAAGGGAAGUUCUUCGUCAAGUUCUUCAGCCGAGAAAAUUCGCAUCAAGGCAAAGAAGGGCACCGCCAAUGAGGUGCUUCAACGAAAGGAGCUAGAAAAGAUGCACUACACCAUUUCCGAUAAA